AUGGGUGCCUGGUGUUCUCAGGAGACCAGUCGAGGAGACAGUCUACAUUGGCUAGCAUGCUCCUUAUAUGUGGCUUGCAGAAAAGCUGUCCCGACUGUUAGCAGAGGAACUGUUGAAGGAAACUACGUAUCCUUAAUCAGAAUAUUGCGUUGCUCAGGGCAAAGUUUGAUAGAGUUUUUUAACAAGAUGAAGAAAUGGGAAGAUAUGGCAAAUCUACCCUCUCAGUUCAGAGAACGUACUGCAAGAUUAGAAAGGAACUUUACAGUUUCUGCUGUAAUUUUUAAGAAGUAUGAACCCAUUUUUCAGGAUAUCUUCAAGCACCCUCAAGAAGACCAACCACGCCAGCAGAGAGGAAGAAAGCAAAGGAGACAGCCUUGCACAGUCUCUGAGGUUUUUCAGUUUUGCUGGGUGCUGUUUGUUUAUGCAAAAGGCAAUUUCCCCAUGAUCAGUGAUGACUUAGUCAAUUCCUACCAUCUUUUGUUGUGUGUCCUGGAUCUAGUCUAUGGAAAUGCUUUGCAGUGCCCAAACCGUAAGGAGCUUCUGAAUUUUAACUUUAAAGGGUUACCUGAAGACAUUCAUGGUAAGGAUUAUAAGGUGUUGUCUGAGCCACCCUGCAUCAUUGAAAAACUCUGCUCCUUACAUGACGGCUUAGUAUUGGAAGCCAAGGGCAUCAAAGAGCAUUUCUGGAAGCCUUAUGUGAGGAAACUCUUUGAGAAAAAGAUUCUAAAGGGCAAAGCACUUCUUACAACAGAGUAUGUCAACGUAAGCAAAUCUGUCAACAAGGUCUACGAGGAGUAUGUCUUGUCAGUGGGGAAUCUAGAUGAGCGGAUAUUUCUUGGAGACGAUGCAGAUGAAGAAAUAGGAACUCUGCGAAGGUACUUGAACACGUCUUCAGGAAUGGAAACGGCAGAAAGAGUGCAAAUGAAAUGCAGUCUGCAGGAGCAUUUUGAACGUACCAAAUCAGUUGGAAUAGCUACCCCUCUUACUGGCCGAAAGUACAUAAAGGAGAGCGACCCUUGUGUGAGUCCCAUUUCCAUUGCUACGUACAGCUUGACCCGGCUUCAUACAAUGCUGACUGGGCUGAAAAACGCACCCAGUGAAAAUCUGGAGCAAAUUCUCAGGGCGUGUUCUAGAGAUCCUUCCUUGUCGAUUGCCAACAGAGUGAAAGAAAUGUAUGAAACUUAUUGCCAGAGGACGCAGGCUCAGGGAGAACCUGGCACCUUUCCCAAAGGUAAGGCAAUACUGGAACAUGACGUGUUUCACAGAUCUCUGUUGGCCUGCUGCCUUGAAAUAAUUACUUACUCUUACAAGUCAGCGGAUAGUUUCCCAUUAAUCACUGAUAUAUUUGAUGUCCCCGCCUUUCACUUUUAUAAGGUAAUAGAAAUUCUAAUUAGAGCUGAAGAUGGCCUUUGCAGAGAAGUGGUGAAGCACCUGAAUCAUAUCGAAGAGCAAAUUUUAGAGAGCCUGGCAUGGAAAGUGGAAUCCCCACUCUGGGACAAGAUCAAGGAGAACGAAAAUAAAGUUCCUACCUGUGAAGAGGUAAUGCCACCUCACUAUUUUGAAAGGCCAGAUGGGAACAGUGUGUCAGGUUCUCCUUUAACUCCUAGGAGGAUAAGUGAAGUUCGUGUAGAAAGUGGAGCACUAGGAAAGGGACUUGCAUCUUCUCCAACCACACUGUAUGAAAGAUACAGUUCUCCUGCAGGUAACCCUACCAGGAGAAGACUGUUCGUCGAUAACGACACCCCCACAGACAGCACUCGAACCCCCGUGAGGGUCUCACAGCCGCCUGUGAUCAGUACCGUGCCUGUGCAGAACAUCUCCCCAGAUACGAUUCCGGUCACUCCAGUGCAUGGGCAGACUCUAGUAACUGUGGCAACAGCAACUGUAACAGCAAACAAUGGGCAGACGGUUACGAUACCGGUGCAAGGCAUUGCCAAUGAAAAUGGAGGGAUCACUUUCAUCCCGGUCCAGGUCAACGUCAGUGGGCAGGCCCAGCCGCUGUCCAGCUCCAUCCAGCCUCUCAGCGCACAGAGCCUCACCGGGACCCUGAGCACACAGCAGAUGGCUGGGGCAGCUCUGCAGUUACAAGGCCAGGUUGCCGUCCAACAGAUCACUCUUCCCGGGGACCAGCGGACGAAGCAGCCGCCAAAAUCCCGGAAGGCCGGCUCCCUCUCGCUCUUCUUUAGAAAGGUGUUCCAUUUGGCGAGCGUCCGUCUGCGGGAUCUUUGUCUCAAACUGGAUAUUUCAGAUGAUCUGAGGAAGAAGAUCUGGACGUGUUUUGAGUUCUCCCUCGUACAGUGCUCCGAACUGAUGAUGGACCGACACUUAGACCAGCUGUUAAUGUGUGCAAUUUAUGUAAUAGCAAAGGUCACAAAAGAAGACACUUCGUUUCAGAACAUCAUGCGCUGCUAUCGGACCCAGCCACAAGCUAAGAGCCACGUGUAUCGAAGUGUCCUAAUCAAGGGCCGGCGACGAAGGCGUUCAGGCAGCAGCGACAGUCAACAGAACUCUCCAACCGGAAGGAGUAAGGACAGAACAAGCAGAGACUCCAGCCCGGUGAUGAGAUCUAGCAGCACAUUACCCGUCCCCCAACCCAGUAGUGCUCCCCCGACUCCAACCCGUCUGACCGGGGCUAACAGUGAUAUUGAGGAAGAAGAGCGAGGGGACCUGAUUCAGUUUUAUAACAAUGUCUACACAGACCGCAUUAAAGACUUUGCCCUGAAGUAUUCCCCGACCAAUGGAGGUGAAGCUCCCCCCCUGUCUCCGUACCCGUUCGUGAGAAGCAGCUCUCCACGCAAAAUCCAGCUGUCCCAGAACCACCCGAUUUACAUCUCCCCUCACAAAAACGAGUCCGUGCUCUCUCCGCGCGAGAAGAUAUUCUACUACUUCAGCAGCAGCCCGUCCAAGAGGCUUCAAGAAAUCAACAGUAUGAUUAGAACUGGGGAGACAGCGACAAAGAAGAGGGGCAUCGUCCUGGAGGAGGGGGCCGAAUCGCCCGCCAAGCGCAUGUGCCCUGAAAACCACACUGCCCUCCUGCGGCGCCUGCAAGACGUGGCCAACGACAGGGGGGCUCAUUGACGUCGGUGACGCCGAGCCGGGUUUGCCUUCUGUCGCUCAGCCAAUAGAGGCAGAGCCUGCAGGCCUUUUCCGCUUCUAAGGCACUUUUCCAAGGAAUAAUGAAGCAUUUUUACCGGGGUGGGGUGGGGGGCAAGGUGCUUCUGUCGCUUGAGGAACUGCAGCCUGCAAAGAGACUUCGGCUUCCCUCGCAUCCGAUGGGACCGCAGCACCGAUCCCGGUUAGGUGGGGAGCAGAAAUUUGCCUCCAUGCCGACGCCGGAACAGCAGAAGGCCCUGCCCUCCCGCCUUGACGUACGUACGGAGAACGUUUUUAACUGUGACUUCGGUUUCGAACGACAGACUUUUUUUUAACUUAUUGGCAAAAGUGAUAAAUGUACAGGGGCCAGUGUUUUAACGGCCAGCUCUUUCCUUUCCUUUUUUUUUUAAUCACACCAGAAAAGCAUUAAUUUUGUGUUUUUAAGCCGUGUGUUUGGAACCUUGUGCUCGGAAGAGGCAGCAUUGCAAAAAAGAUAAUCACUUUCCCCCCACCCCUGAGAAUCUCUUGCUUUCAGUCUAAUGAUGGAAUUGGCAUUGUGUCUGUUUGGCCCCAGGCAAUGGGCUCUUGAGAGCUUCAGCACUCUCGAAGGGCGGCAGUGAAGACCAAAAGCAGAUUCCUUUCCUGAUGCCCAUUAGGGACUAACAUUGGGGUGCUUUACAUAAUGCAGGGGCACUAUGCUGUUUUUAGCUGUGCAGUGUCAAGAGGACUCUUGGGCAGAAAGCUCUGAAGAAGGUUAGAGUUCGCUGUCUGCUUACAACGGCACUUUUUAAGAGAAUAGAUUUUAAAUAGCCAAAUCCUAAAAUAAUGCACGUUUUCCUGUGUUAGAUGGCCAAAAUAUAUUUAUUUUGAGUAUGCAGUAGCUACACUUGGAACUUAAAAUAUACUGAUGUGGGGGGGGGAGGGUCAGACGGCUUUCUUACCCUUUUGUAUGAUAUGGUUACCUUGUGGUUAAAUGAAUUUAAGUGUUUAGCUGGCUAUUUCACAGACCGGUGCUUUUAAGCGCGGCGGGGGUGGGGGAGAGAAGGAGAGGGGGUGUGUAGGGUGAUAUCUACUUAGCCACAUUCACCGAAGGUUUGACAGCUAACAUUUAAUUCAUUCUACUCCUCUAGAAGGAAUGAGUCAAAAUAAAGGCACAUGAGACAGUUAUCAGCUUUUGGGACUGUUGCUGAAGAGAAACCGUAUUGGUUGACGCAGCUGUCAGUAAUGCAGAAUGGGCACGUGAUCAGUGCACGGGACACAAAUGGUAGCUUGGAUCCCAUAAUGCGCAAGCAGAAAGUGCAGAACAGAGCUUGAGUCCAGUGGCAUUUUUAAGACCGACAAAGUUUAAUUCU